AUGAUUUCGGCCAUAUUUGUGCUCAAUUCGAGGGGCGACGUUCUCAUCUCUCGCCUUUUCAGAGAUGACGUAAGUCGUGGCGUGGCGGACACGUUUCGGCUGCAGGUCAUCAACGCCAAGGAAGUGCGUUCGCCCAUCUCCAGCAUCAGCGGCACCUCGCUGCUUCACGUGCGGAGCGGCGACAUCUACCUGCUCGCCGCCACGAAGCAGAACGUCGACUGCGCUCUCGUCUUCUCCCUCCUCAACCAGCUGGUCCUCAUCUUCAGGUCCUACUUCGGCGGCAAGUUCGACGAAGACCACAUCCGUAAGAACUUCGUUCUCAUCUACGAGCUCUUGGACGAGGUGAUCGACUAUGGGCAUCCGCAGAACAGCGACAUCGAGGCCCUCAAGCUCUACAUCACGCAGGCCAAGAACAAGAACAAGCUCGCCGCCGUUGCUGCGGCCGACGACGACAAGAUCAGGAAGAUCACGGUACAGGUGACGGGCGCCGGACCCUGCCCCUGGAGGCAGCCCGGCAUAAAGUACCGCAAAAACGAACUCUUCAUCGACGUCAUCGAAUCCGUCAACCUCCUCAUCUCCGCCAAGGGCAACGCAAGCGCAGGCUGUUGA